AUGCUUGCCAGUCGCUUUCCAGACCCUUUCCAGAACGGCUCUAUAGCAACUCUCUACUCCGGUAUCCACACCACGCGUAAACAUGUCUUUCGUGAUAUCAAACAAAUCGAAAUAAGUGAAAAAUACAAGAAGAUGAAAAUGUUAUUUAAAGGGCACAGCACCCGCCUGGAGAUGGUGAUAGAAAAAAUUCAUUCCCACAAGGAGGUCACAUACCAAGAUAGUGAAAUUAUACGAAAUGGGUUCGAAAACAAUUCUAUUUUACCGGAAAUAUCGGAUUCACCAACAUCUCUUAGUUUUUCCGACACGGAAGAAGAAAAAGACUGUGAUGAAAUAACAAAAGGGAUGGAUUUUGAGUCAAGUAUUUCAGAAAAUAGUCAUUCCAUCUCUAAGUUUUUAUGCAAAUAUUGUCCAAGAGAAUUUAAACAUAAAAGAUCAAGAGAUCGCCACAUCAAACUGCACACAGGAGACAAGAAAUACAAAUGUCUUCAGUGCGAAUCAGCAUUUGCCAGAAGCGAUCACUUAAAAAUCCACUUAAAAACUCACGAAAUUAAGAAGCAGUAUAAUUGCCACAGAUGUGGAAAAGGAUAUAAUACAGCAAGUGCCUUGUCCUUUCACAAGCAGAUCCACAAAAAAGAAAUGGAAGGUACUAUAGAAAGCUCAUCUGUAUCCAGUUGUGAAAGCUCCGCAAAAAAUACUAAUACUGAAAUAAAUUAUUUCCCUAUCAGACAUCCCGAAGACUUGGGAGAAUCGAUGAAAAUUAAAACUAUUUGCGUGUACUGCUUCAGAUGGUUCUCCAGCAUAGAUGUAAUGCAAGAACAUGUUCAAUUAUGCCACAGAAAUCUCUCAAACUCCAUCAAAAUUAAGAAUGAAAUUCCUAGUCCAGAAGACAUCAGAGACAUAAAGUUAAAAGACAUUUUUUUCGAAGCAGAACAAGAUGAUUUAACUCAGUCAAAGAAAGACAUGCAUUUAUUCAACGGAGAGGAGUCCCAAAAAACCUUUAUAUGUGCUUGCUGCUACGAAAGACUUCCUAGUUUCAAAAGUUUCCUCUUUCACAUGGAGUCGCACGUUCCAUCAUCCAAACUAGAAUCGUGCCUCCAAUGCGGAGAAGACUUAGGCUCAAGCUUAAGCCUCUCGAGCCAUUUAUUCAAGCAUUCUAUGCUUCCUCUGAACAACUACGUAUGCUGUUGUCACUGUAACAAAUUCUUCGAGAAUUCUGAAGCACUGCAAACACAUCUCUCUCAAGAUCACGUAGUAACCGUAUAUAAAUGUUCGAUAUGCGAUCAGCUAUUUGAAAAUAUAGGAGAUAUGAAGGUUCAUCUUCAUGUGGCUCAUGUCAGCAAUGAAGUGCACUACGAAUGUAAUUUAUGCUCAAACUCCAACGUGUUUCACGAUAAAACUUCUGCCGAGUUACAUUUUUCCAAACACCAUUCUGAUAAACUUUGUGUCCAACCUCACAAUGACUUGGUGUUGUACUCUAGCUUUUCUAGUUGUGAGAAUGGUUUGAUAGGAAAAGAUAAAUCCUUAGAUGAACGAGGCCCAAGUAGUUUUCAAUGCAUUUACUGUAAAGAAUACUGCAAAACCAAGAACGAUCUUCAGUUGCAUUUACGGUCUCAUAGAAUAUCAGACAAAUCUCGUCACAAAUGUAACAUAUGCGAUGAAGUAUUCGCAUCUUCUACUGAUUUAGCCAAUCACAAGCUGAUGCACUGCAAAAUAAUUGACGGGAAUAUUUGUGUGCAAUGCAAGACGAUUCUCGUGGACGAGCAAGCAUUUUUCAAGCACCAAGUGAAGCAUAACGACGCUUCGAAGCCUCCUACGAAGUUAAAUCUGAUUCUUCCUUCCAUAUGUAUCAUUUGCGGUCAAACAUUACAAAGUGACAAGGAGAUAGAGCUUCAUGCUAAGUUCCAUUUGAAGUUUCUAACAGAUCAAUCGGCUACGCCUGCUUCAAGUUCACCAUACUCAGAAAAAAAUGUUCUCUCUAACGAUCGCUGUACUGAGACCUCCAUUAGUAUUGACCCUUCGUUUGAACUGCAGUGUUAUUUAUGUAAAAAAUCGUUUUCCAGCAAGGAGAACCUUCAAGUUCAUUUGAUCGAACAUAACUUCUUCGGCAUAAACCAGUUUAGUUGUUACGUGUGCUCAUCAGUCUUUACUGGAGCUGGUGGCUUGCAAACGCAUCUCUUUGAGCAUAACCUAACCGAGAAACCCUACCAGUGUACACAGUGUUCCGCUGGCUUUUUCUUUAGAGCAGAGCUAGAUAACCACCGCUACUUGCAUAAUUUUAGAGUCCAGUUCAAUUAUUUCACUUCCAAUACGUAAAUUUUGUUAUAGAUAUAAAAAUCUGUGUUAUAUAAAAAUAUACAAUUAUUAAUGUCCGAUAGUCGCCCCUGACAAAAUAGUUUGUUAAAAAAAAUGUUACUGAGGUAGUUGGAAAUAUUUGUUGAAAGGCUGUAAAUAUUUUUUAGAGAC